UAACAUCUAUGCAUUCUUUCCUCACUCUUAGGUGACUCUCUUGUUCUUUCUUCUACUCACAAUCUAAUAUCUAUUCUCUUAAUUUGAGGAUUUUUGUGCUUAUAUAUAGUGUUAGAUAUAGAUAUAGAUAUACAUACAUAGCUACGGACCAUGGCCGGAGGCGGAUUUGCCACUUCUUCGGGUGGGGGGACUGAGUUUGAGGCCAAGAUCACCCCGAUAGUUAUCAUUUCUUGCAUCAUGGCUGCCACGGGAGGUCUAAUGUUUGGUUACGAUGUUGGUGUUUCAGGUGGUGUGACUGCAAUGCCCGACUUCUUGAAAAAAUUCUUUCCGGUAGUGUACCGGAGGACACAGGACAAAGGAUUGGACAGUAAUUACUGCAAAUAUGACAAUCAAGGUCUACAGUUGUUCACGUCAUCGCUGUAUCUCGCCGGGCUGACAGCAACCUUCUUUGCUUCAUACACAACAAGAAGGCUUGGGAGGAGGUUAACUAUGUUAAUUGCCGGUUUCUUCUUCGUCGUUGGAGUUAUUCUUAAUGCUGCAGCCCAAGACCUUGCCAUGCUCAUCAUCGGUAGGAUUUUGCUUGGAUGUGGAGUCGGCUUCGCUAAUCAGGCUGUUCCACUGUUCCUGUCAGAAAUUGCACCCACAAGAAUACGUGGAGGACUCAACAUUCUAUUCCAACUUAAUGUUACCAUUGGAAUUCUUUUUGCAAACCUUGUCAAUUACGGCACUGCUAAGAUCAAAGGAGGAUGGGGCUGGAGGUUGUCAUUGGGGCUGGCGGGAAUCCCUGCCGGGCUCCUGACAUUAGGCGCCCUGUUCGUAGUCGACACGCCCAACAGCCUAAUCGAGCGUGGUUAUUUAGAUGAAGGAAAAGCCGUGCUCAAGAGAAUCCGAGGCACUGACAAUAUCGAGCCCGAGUUCUUGGAACUCGUUGAAGCGAGCCGUGUCGCCAAGCAAGUGAAACACCCUUUUAGAAACCUGCUCAUGCGGAGGAACAGGCCGCAGCUGGUCAUUGCUGUGGCUUUACAGAUCUUCCAGCAGUUCACUGGAAUCAACGCGAUCAUGUUCUAUGCGCCUGUUUUGUUCGACACUGUAGGAUUUGGGAGUGAUGCAGCCCUGUAUUCGGCUGUGAUCACCGGUGCAGUCAAUGUGCUGUCGACCGUUGUAUCGAUCUACUCAGUUGACAAGGUGGGAAGGCGGGUGCUUUUGUUAGAAGCUGGCAUCCAGAUGUUCUUGUCCCAAGCGAUCAUAGCUGUGUUACUAGGGCUCAAGGUGAAGGAUAACACCGACAACCUUAGCCACGGCUAUGCGAUUUUCGUUGUGAUCUUGAUCUGCACCUUUGUGUCUGCGUUUGCGUGGUCAUGGGGCCCGCUCGGCUGGCUCAUCCCCAGUGAGACUUUUCCAUUGGAGACACGUUCGGCAGGGCAAAGUGUGACAGUGUGUGUCAAUCUGCUGUUCACAUUUGUGAUCGCACAGGCGUUUCUGUCAAUGCUUUGCCAUUUCAAGUAUGGGAUAUUCUUGUUCUUCUCGGGUUGGGUUUUGGUGAUGUCGUUCUUCGUGCUGUUCUUGGUGCCCGAGACGAAGAACGUGCCGAUUGAGGAGAUGACGGAAAGGGUGUGGAAGAGGCAUUGGCUGUGGAGGAGGUUUAUGGAGGAUGGCUAUGCAGAUGAGGAAACUGGGAAGGGUGAUGGCACCGGCAAGAACAAUGGACAUGCUCAAGGAUUUAAUCCUGAUUCUCAGUUGUGAAGAAUGUAUCAAGAUUUUGACUUAUGAUUGGAGGGUUUUAAUAAAAUAAGAAUAGACAGACUAUUUAUGCACAAGAAGCAAGAGGUUUCAUCUGUUUUACUGUAACCUCUUGUGAAAAUACAAUAGGGCCAAAUUAAUGUUGAUUGAAAUGGGUAGUUAAGGUUGAAAUUCAACGGCGAAUGCAGCUGCUAAUGGGACUUCGAUACUGUGAAGGCAUCAUGUAUUCGGCUCGUCAGUGUGAUGAGUGUGUUAUAUCGAGAAAAAUGUAAUGAUUAUUGAUCAAAGAUGUCGCCUAAGACUGAGUUUCAGUUUAAUGCU